UCACUAAUUCCUUCUCAUUCGCUCGCCGUCUUCGGAUCAGGCUCCAGUUGCUCUCUCGACGGGGUCAGCCUAACUGUAAGCCAUGGCCUUGAUAUCGGAAGCUGAUCGGUGGCUUUCCCCUCCAUGUAUUUCCUCUUCAAUGUUAGACAAGCUUCUCUGGCUACCGGCGGCUAUUCUUUGACCCAGAAUUGAUAGAUGACAGCUUGUAUUGGUUUAUAAAGAUUGGGUCCGUCUUUUUCAAACUACAAUAUUAGUUUCGUUUCUGUAAUCUCAUUCUUACUCUUUUACCUAUCGUCUCUCUCCAUCUUCAAUAGUAACGCAUCAGCGCCUCAUCCUCUCCAUCGUCUCCUAAUAAUAUACCCAAGCGUCGUCUCAUACUUUACACAUACCCAGCAGUCAAGAUGGCAACUCCCAAGUCGCUGCCAUGCGGCAUCUACGCCCCAACCAUGACCUUCUUCGACCCCAACACCGAAGAUCUCGACAUUCCCACCAUCAAGAAGCACGCUGAGCGACUCGCCAAGGCUGGCCUCGCUGGUCUCGUCGUCAUGGGAUCCAACGGCGAAGCCGUCCACUGCACAAGAGAGGAGAAGAUUGCCGUCCUCAAGGCCACAAGAGAAGCUCUCGACGCCGCCGGCUUCCAGUCAACGCCCGUCCUCUUCGGCGCAACCGAGGGCAGCGUCAGAGGCGCCAUUGAGCUGUGCAAGCUGGCGGCUGAAGCCGGUGCCGCAGCUGCUCUGGUUCUGCCCCCUUCAUACUACCGAGCUCAGACCGACGAGGAGUCCAUCUACAACUACUUCAUUGCCUUGGCCGACGCGAGCCCUAUCCCGAUUAUCCUGUACAACUACCCUGGCGCCGUGUCUGGAAUCGACAUGGACAGCGACCUCCUGAUCAAGCUGGCCGAGCACAAGAACAUCACCGGCACCAAAUUCACCUGUGGAAACACUGGAAAACUCACGCGAGUCGCCCUCGGCACAAACGCAAAGACUCCCUUCCAGGAGGGCUCAGGGUACAUGGCCUUUGGCGGCAUGUGCGACUUCACUCUCCAGACUCUCGUCAGUGGUGGCAGCGGCAUCAUUGCGGGCGGUGCCAACGUCAUGCCCAAGCUGUGCGUCAAGGUCUGGAAUCUGUAUUCUGAGGGCAAGAAGGAGGAGGCUGAGAAGCUGCAAAAGGUUCUAAGCCGUGGCGACUGGCCGUUGACAAAGGCUGCCAUUGCAGGCACGAAGCAGGCGAUUCAGAGCUACUAUGGAUAUGGAGGAUACCCUCGUCGGCCUCUUAAGCGCUUGGAGCAGGCUAGAGUGUUGGCUAUUGAGGAGGGUAUUCGGGAAGCGAUGGACGUUGAGAAGACUUUGUAAUCAUUAUAAAAGUGAUAAAGAUGUAAUAUAAGCAAUAC